AAUGCCCAAGAAUUUCACUUGCAAUCAGGCCGCCGAAUGGGUGACAAAAAGGCAUAACUUGGGCGCAUCAACUUUACAGCUGAGUUCGUCCAACCGAGAGAUGAUUUGGACUGCAGAGAAUAUGAAAACUUCAAGUGGCUGCCCCCACUGCCACGCCGAGUCGCCUGCAGUCCUCGGCAGUCAUCUGCAAUUCACUGGCAGCUUCUCCAGCAAUUUAUGCAUUCAAGUGGCAGCCGAACAGCAAACGCUGAUGAUGACAAUAAGGACGCCGCUCUCGGAACCUCAAAUUCUGAGCCGCGAUUCCGAGGGCCUCUGAUAUUUGGCUCUGAUAUUUGUAGUAACUUGUGUAUCUGUAGUAUGCAUUUGACUGAUUGUAGUAUUUCGCUUUGUUAUCAAGGAGCUGCCAUCAUUAUCCUCCAGAAGAGGUUGACUUUAAAACUCAGUUAAUAGUAAGUUUAUAGAUAAAUAGAGAAAUUAAAGUAACAAAUCAAAACAAGCUACAGACUAUCCGGAAAUUAAAAUAAGAUGCCACCGGUCUGAACCAGAAAAUCAAGAGAUUAAUAUUUAUAUUUUUCUAGAAGUUCUGGGAGUUUCCAGAGCUUAUCAAGAGGCAAAAGGUUAUCAUGCCUAUAAUCUAUAUUUCAAUAUAUAUUCCAAUGCAUAGAUUGAGGCUUCAUUACCCUGUUAAAAUUAUUCCCAUCCAUCUCAACUCACCAGGCAACGUCAAGACUCCACUGAGGGCAACCACGAUCGCCAAUGCUCCGCAAAUCAGCUUCAUUUUGUAAUUUAUAUUUCUCACUUGAACCGGUUUUUAAUGCUAAACUUUGUCAAUAUAAAUAUUGAUUUAGGGCUCUGCUGUGAGUUAUUUUAUUUACGCCGGCCAACUAGAAUGGAUUCGGGUCUGUUCUGUGUUGAAAGACAAACAAUAGUCAAA